AUGCAGCCCAUACAGUGCAAAGCUGAGCUUCUACAUUGGUUCAGGUGCAUCAGAACGACCUUUGAGUUCAGCGAAGGCUCUGAAUGCGCUGAUGAAAGCUUUGCGGCUCCAAGGUGGCUGUUCUGCGCUGCUGGCUCUACUGCUCGGCAACUCGAGCAAGACAGAUACCGCGAGCACAGCUUCAUCCUUUCUGGAACUUUCCUUGACCGAGGCAAUCGCCUCGUCAUCAGCGGUGUGGGCGAUUGCCGUGUCGUGCUGCUAGAGGGCGAGGGCAAGGCGCAACUGGUUGUGACGGCCGCGAGUGCCACGCCAUUGUUGGAGAAGGCAAGUGGCCUGGACGACCCCGAGGAGAUGCAGCGCUUCUGGAAGGCUGGUGGCAUGGCUCGGUUUGAUGUGCUGCUGGCAGACGGUGAUGAGCUGGAUGAGAAGCAGGUGAAGGCUGCAUAUCGGCGCUGGGCUCUCCGGGUUCAUCCGGACAAGCAAACCGGAGCCGAGUGUGAUGCUGACAGGAGAGCGUUUGGCUUGGCGUUUGCUCGCUUGGAAGAGUCUCGAGAAAAGCUUGAGGCUAUGAUGGCAGAGGACAUUGAGUCCUGCCGCGAGCUUCGCCGAGUUCUACAUUCAGAGGUUUUCACACGUGCUGGGGCAGCAGCCUUGCUUGGUGUGGACAAAGCCGCCGCGAAUACGGACUCCAUCGUGGAGGAGGUGGCAAAGGAAGCUGAGAAGGCUGCGAAAGAGUUGAAGAAAAAGAUCGCCAAGAUGGAGGCAGUUGCACCAGACUUCCGACAAGCUGAAGCGAUUUGUGAUGAGGCAGUCCGGACGCUGGCGCGAGCGACGACAGCAGAGGCUUUGCCGCGAAACGAAGCGCUGCUGCGCGAGGGAGCCAGUUGCAGCCGUGCCUUGGGCCUUCGGGACUUGCGCUUUCCACGGCCUGUGGUGCUGAUGGAGCCCAAGUCCAUUGCCUACAUGCUGUCAACCAACGCCUCCGUGCGCUUCGCACUGCUGUGUGGUGCGACAGCCGCUAUCAGCGAUGAAGAGCUGACUCGAGCAGCGGCGGCGCAUUCGCGAAGGCCAAAAGCCUCUGUGCUGGUCUUCAACGCGUUGGCGGAUGCCCAGCCCACCUCAUCGAAUGCAUCCAGCGCUUCUGUAUGCAUCAGCGUCAGGCGGUCAGGGAAGGCGGAAACCUCCGCCGCAAAGCGACAGAAGACUGGCAGCUCCGACACUGUGCGUGUGCGGCACAUCCUGUUGCGCCAUCAGCAGGUUCGCCAG